GGGUUGACCCGAAAUCAGAAGUGAUAAAAGAUGGGAGGAGGGUUGGUGCUCAGCCUGACCCAUUUCUCUCCAAAAUCACUCAAACUCUCUCUCCCAAGGAAUUACCAUUUCUGCCCUCGGAUUGCAUGCCGCUCCAUGGACCUCGACUCCGUCACCCAACGCCUCAGGAACCACAACCUCACCGCUCACAACCGCACUCUCCAAGAUCUCAAUUGGGACCAUUCCUUCGUUCGUCAAUUGCCCUCCGAUCCCCGCACCGAUUCCAUUCCCCGCCAGGUGCUGCAUGCUUGUUACUCCAAACUCUCGCCUUCUGCUCAAGUGGACAAUCCUCAGCUUGUCGCCUGCUCUCAACCAGUUGCCCACAUCCUCGAUUUGGACCACAAAGAAUUUGAGAGGCCGGAUUUUCCCCUUAUCUUCUCUGGUGCAUCGCCUCUAGUUGGAGCGUUGCCUUAUGCUCAGUGCUAUGGAGGGCAUCAAUUUGGCACGUGGGCUGGGCAGUUGGGGGAUGGUAGGGCAAUUACGCUGGGGGAGAUACUUAAUUCAAAGUCUGAAAGGUGGGAGCUGCAACUUAAAGGAGCAGGGAGGACUCCUUAUAGUCGCUUUGCGGAUGGCCUUGCGGUGCUGCGCAGCAGCGUCAGGGAGUUCCUUUGCAGUGAAGCAAUGCACCACCUGGGAAUACCAACGACUCGUGCACUUUGUCUUGUGACCACCGGGAAGCUGGUCACUCGAGACAUGUUUUAUGAUGGAAAUCCAAAGGAAGAACCUGGCGCAAUUGUUUGCAGAGUUGCCCAAUCUUUUCUGCGUUUUGGGUCAUACCAAAUACAUGCCGCCAGAGGUGAUAAGGACCUAGGCCUUGUUCGUGUUUUGGCAGACUAUGCUAUCAAGCACCACUUUCCUCAUAUUGAGAAUAUGAGUAAGAGCGAGAGCUUAUCUUUCUGCACUGGCGAUGAAGAUCACUCUGUUGUAGAUCUUACUUCAAACAAGUAUGCAGCAUGGGUGGUGGAGAUUGCCGAGCGUACUGCUUCCUUGAUUGCCAGAUGGCAGGGGGUUGGUUUCACUCAUGGUGUGCUGAACACAGAUAACAUGAGCAUUUUGGGUCUUACAAUAGAUUAUGGCCCAUUUGGAUUUUUGGAUGCUUUUGAUCCUAAAUUUACCCCAAAUACCACAGAUCUUCCAGGUCGAAGAUACUGUUUUGCAAACCAGCCAGACAUUGGUUUGUGGAAUGUUGCACAGUUCACCACAACACUACAAGCUGCUGAUUUAAUAAAUGAAAAAGAGGCUAACUAUGCUAUGGAAAGAUAUGGAACCAGAUUUAUGGAUGAUUAUCAGGUUAUAAUGACCAAAAAGCUUGGCCUCCCUAAGUAUAAUAAGCAGCUGAUCAAUAAACUUCUUGGCAAUAUGGCUGUUGACAAAGUUGAUUACACAAACUUCUUUCGUAUGCUUUCAAAUGUUAAAGCAGACACAAGUAUUCCGGAUGAUGAGCUCUUAGUCCCACUAAAGUCAGUACUGUUAGACAUUGGUAAAGAGCGUAAGGAAGCAUGGACCAGUUGGUUGAAAACCUAUAUACACGAGCUCUCUAGCAGUGGUAUUUCUGACGAACAGAGGAAAACAUCGAUGGAUUUGGUGAAUCCAAAAUAUAUACUGAGGAACUAUCUCUGCCAGACUGCAAUUGAUGCAGCAGAAAUAGGUGAUUUUGAAGAAGUCCGGAGGUUGCUGAAAUUAGUGGAGCAUCCAUUUGAUGAGCAACCAGGAAUGGAAAAAUAUGCUCGCUUGCCCCCAGCUUGGGCAUAUAGACCAGGGGUAUGCAUGCUUUCUUGUUCUUCGUGAGUACCCCAGAUACCAGAUAUAGGUCAAAAGAAUUAAAAAAAAAUUAAAAUACAAAAACUAGGAAUUAAGAGCAAAAAAUAGUGUGCUUGUAUUGUAUAUUUAGUCUUUUACAGUUUUUUUGGCUGCUUUACGGUUUAUUGACUUUUAUUUUUUUCUCACAUUAUAUCCAAUAGACCGUUCCCGAGUAUUAUUUCACAUCAA